AUGGUUGAGGGUGGAUUGGACGAGCCACCAUAUUUCAUUGACCUUGUGCGCAAGACACACACUCGCAAGGAUGGUUUGUUCAUUGAUGAACGUGCUGAGGCUCUUGUCCUAGAGGUGGAGGAAGCUGUGGACUCUAUGACAUUCGAUGAGGACUCUCCCGAUGGUGUCAGCCCAACUGCAUCAACUGCUACAACUGCCCCUUCAAGGCGGUUCCUCCUUGAUCAAGAAUUUCUCAAGUGUGCUACGACAAGCAAAGGGGGUAUAUAUGGAAUUGGGAGUGUCCAGUUCCCAGCAUCUCUUAAACGCAGCUUAGACAUGGACUUGCGCGUCUCUGGAAUAGAGACAAAUGCUGAACAUGUGCAGGCCACUGUGGAACUUCUCAAGACUGAUAUGGCAACUCUCAAAGGAGAUUUUUUAGCCUUUAAGACUGAGAUGAAGCAGGAGAUGGCUGCAACAAGAAGCUCCCUUAAUGUCAUUCUACAGGCUCUUGGUGCUGCUUCUCGUCCAGUGAACCAACCUGACAAUGCCUCAACUCCUUAG